AUGAAGUCCGCAAUAGCCACUCAAGUCAGUGAGACUAACUUCAACCCGAAACAUGCUGUCUCUUGGCUUGAAGAACAGCCUGACGAGCUACAACUAUGGCAAGUUAUGUUCGAGGAGCUUAUUAUAUGUGCCGCAAAGCCAAGGCAGUAUUCCGGGAACGCUUGCGUGAAACUUCACGGCUUUGUUGAGCAAUGUUCAAAGUCUUCUAAAUCCACACUGCAAAAUUUUGCAUUUGCGGAGGGUACUGCCAUGAGACUUUUCGACUUCUUUAUGGAAUGGAAUGAAAAAGAUUCCCACCGAUCUAUGAGGCUCAUCCUGGAUUAUCUUGCAUAUCUAAUAUCCAACAAUCCUAGACCAGAUGUUGGUGCUUCCGUCAAGGCAACUAUACUGAAUGCCACCGUAUCCACAAUCACACAACAAUCAUCUCGGCCAUCAGUAAAAUCUGCCAUGGUCGUCUUAGACUGCUUCAUUCAGAAAAAAAUAGUAUAUUUAUGCAGCAUCUUAGAGCUUUAUAACGAGAUCCACGGUCUACCUCUAAAUGAAGAUGUCUGGGGUGCUUUCGUCGCCGGCAUCUUCGCUUGGAUGGAACUACAUUAUCUGGGUCAUGUAGUUGGAAGCCUUCUCGUUACAAUCUUCACUAGCUCUUGGUAUGAGGAUAAAGAUGUCAGGCAUGAACCUAGCACAUGGCAUAGGUUCAUAUAUAGGGGGUUGCAGAUGAACCUCGAUUAUCUCGAGCCAAUUAAAUUUUACAUUUUUGUUCAGUUAUUCAAUAUUAAUCGAGCAGGCUCUCUAGUGUACCUUCGCCAUUUAUCGUCGCUCCAAAGACUUACUAGCAAGGACAGUAAUGGUUGGGACCUCAAUUCAAUGCUUUGGCUUGCCAUGCUCGAAGCAGGAAAGAAGGCUGGGGUAGUGGAUGAACCAGGUCGUGAACCAGAACAAGGUUCUCAAUCAGGUUUCCAGCUUCGAGCAGACGUGCUCGAAAGCGUUCUAUGCCACGACUCUCAAGAAGCACGUACAUCCGCUGUCUCACUUCUCAUAGCAUCUCCAUCCACAACAAAACCAUACACAACAGAAGCCAUCGAGCUACUCAAGCAGUAUUUGCCGUCGUUUUAUGAAGAUUCUGAUCCAAAAAUGCGUUAUGAUGUUCUUGGACAUUCGAGAAAUAUGAUCAAACGUAUUCAAAAUACCAUCGAGUCGUUACGGCGAGAAGCUGACCGCAUUUCUAAGAAGAUUAAUAAGGCGAAAUUGAACAAACACGGUUCUAGAUUGCCUACAGAAGAGGAUAAGGAUAGUCAAUUAGAGAGACAUCAAAAUGACACAGUAGCAAAGCUAAACGCCGUAUUGCGCCAACACGAGGACUUUGCUUCCUGGUAUGUAGGAUUUCUUAAGAACGAGCUUGCUCCUACUACAUCCUAUCAGCGACAUAUAACAGCAUUGAAGGCCAUGGUAUUUAUCGUCAAGCCGGCUCCAUCCCAUGGGAGUGUUAUACUCAAUUCUUAUGAGUUGAGUACUUUGCUCAUUGAUGUAACGUGGUUUCGCUCUAUCCUGGAUCUUAUUAUGGACCCAUUUGAUGAUGUGCGAGAGACUGCUGCCUCCUUAGUGAUGGCGCUCUCGCCCGAAAUUGGGCACCAGGGGCUACAAAAACAGAUAAAAGAACUAGGCAAAACAACUAUCGAGGAGUUGCGGAGCUUUUGCAACAAGGCUGAUGAGCUUGCUCGGCGAACCGCCCGCGCUGACCACUCUGAUGGUGCUGCUCGCUCAUUUGAGCUUCUAUGCCGCUGGAGUAUAAAAUCAGAGGAACGAAUGCAAAUUCCAUUUACAAUUUUGUCAAGCCUCGAAGCUAAACUCUCUGCCGCCGAACAAGACCUCGCCAAUGCGGUGUUACACGCGCCAGUACACGGUGGUUUCGCAUCCCUGAGGUAUAUAUGGAACUCAUUCUCAACUAUGAAAUUCUCCAGGGAAGAUAUCGAGGCCUUAGCUAAAAUACAGGACCGUGCCAUUGCAUGCUGUCAGAGAAUAUGGAGGGCUGUGCGACAUGUUCUUUGCGAUGACUCUCCGGAAGGCCAUCUACCGGAAGAGCUCGAGGAGGUUGAGGGACUCGACACUAAGGACUUGCUUAGUUACAGCUUCCGGGCAAUCCACGAGUCAAGUAAUUUGAUGCGUGCUAUUGCAAGCAACGCUAGCCAUCAGGGUCCUGGGCUUCUGGCUCCUUCAAGAGCUAACUUCGAGGCGAUUGGGAUGCUCACAUUUGAUGAACUAUCGAAUCUGCGACAUCGAGGAGCAUUCACAACAGUAUCACAGACAUUUACUAGUUGCUGCCAGCUCGUAAAAUGGUUCCCACAUCCUUCAAGUGACAAAUCCGGGCUCUUAGACCAAUGGUAUGAGGGAGCGCUGACUUGCAUUCACACGCAAGGUUCUACUACUCGAAGAUCUGCCGGUAUCCCAGCUCUUAUCGUCGGCAUACUCUCUUCUAAUGCGAACCGUCCAUCUUUUGAAGAUGUUGUUCGUAACCUGCAAGAUAUCGGCCGUCGACCAGCACUCGCAUCCGAGACUGAUGGAUCAAACUUACCACAAGUACACGCCUUGAACUGCAUCAAAGAUAUCUUCAAGAGCUCGUAUUUGAGCAAGAGAGCAGAGCCAAAUCUCACCGACUGCCUUGAAUUAGCGGCAAGCAGUCUUAAAUCUGAAAUAUGGGCGAUUCGAAACUGUGGUCUUCUGCUCCUGAGAAGUCUCAUCGAUUGCCUCUUCGGCACCAGCGAGAGUAAAACAUCAAUCGAAGCAGGUUGGGAUGGGCGGACCAUCAAGAUACCAUAUAGUAAAUUCAAAGCUCUCCCAGCACUCCUGGUGAACCUCCUGGAGACGGGUCAGCAAUCAAGCGGGGUCCUGAUAGGGACGCAGACGGCAGAGUCCGUUUUCCCGUCGUUGGAUAUCAUACGUCGCGCUGGGUCACCAGAGGAAUUCCGUGACAAGCUCUACGACAUCAUCGCGUGGUACUUGGGAAGCCACAUCUGGCACGUCCGAGAAAUUGCUGCCCGGACCUUGUGUUCCUUUCUUCUUAAGCCGGGAUGGCUUAAUUCCAUCCCAGACCUUCUAGCCAGUUCCGAGACCUCGAAUAAGCUACACGGGGCCCUACUAACAAUUAAGUUCUUGCUUGAGAGGCUUUCUGAGGUGAUGCCUGAGCAGCUUUCAGAUUACAACGUCAGUAAAAUGCACGGCAUACUUGUAGAAUUCGUUUCAAGAAACGAGAGUAUUAGUGCAUGCUCGGAAACAAGAGCGGUCUAUAUUGAAGUUGCCAACUUCAUAGCCGGGUUAAAGAGGACGGAAAACACACCGGAGACAGGUCUUGCCGUUGAAUCUCGGGAUAUUUUGCCCCCCUGGAUGUUCGAGCUUAACAACCAGCCCGGUAUAAAAACGGCACCGUCAGCUUUACUGGAUAUUAGGCUUGGACAAGCAGCUCUGUUACAAGCUUUGAGGCAAUCUAGCAAAAAGACAGACGAUACCUUGAGACAGCUUCUGGUGGCAGCAUUAAAGGGAGACGUUAAUGUUGCGUGUUCCAUGUUGGAAAGUAUGUCUUCUAUUGAUUCGUCGGAGUCUAUCGAAACACGAGGCAACCUCAUCGAUACAUAUAUACAAGUAUGUUUCGAUACCGACGCACCAGAACCGCGAACGAUAGCCCUAGAAAACACCGCAGCUCUCAUGGACAGCAUCCUCUGCGAUGCGUCAGAGGGGCUAAAGCAUCUUCCAGACGACGAGGCCAUAGCAAAACUCUGGGCAGAUCUCUACGGAAAGCCCAUGAAUCCAAGCUUAUCCAAUGCUAUCGUUCGCAUAAGCGGGCCGUUGUUAGCAGUUAUAGUCUUGCGAUCUGAGGAGACAGCCAAUAACUACCUAGAACCGUGGCUUAGGUAUUGGGGUGCAAUGAUAAGCGACGCCGGUAUGGCGGAUAGGACAUUUGACACUCGCAUGGCGGCCGUCGGUGCCAUGCACUCGUUUUCGACAAGUGUGGCCUUCAAAUUAACCUCGACUGAGAAGAACUCCGAUUCGGCACACCUGCCGUGGCUCAUAGCCCUCUAUGACGCCCUCAACGACGACGACGACGAAGUCCGUGCCGCUGCCGCCGCGGUAGCAACACCCCUACUAUCGAACCAGCGCCUCAUCUCCGUCGAAGCUGGACGGCGGCUGUUACUUUGGCUACUAGCGCAUUACGCAGACGUCGACGAGUUCAGAGCUCACGUCGCCUGUCGCUUGACUGGGAACCUUCCCUCUUCACCCUCAUCUUCCCACGUAGCACUAGAACAAGGCCAUGCCGGCACUAGCCCCUCGGCCGCCAAACGGCUCCUGGAAGGCUGGAUCUCAGCCGAGGCCCGACUCACAGAAGCCAUGCGCUUCGACGACUCGCUGUUCGUCGUCGAGGAGCAGAACCUGUACGUGGACGAGGUGCGGGAAGCCCGUCGGUGGAUCGACGUCUUCUCGUCUCUUCCUCGGCAGUCUUCCUCUGAAGCAACGGCAGCGCUGUCGCAAUGGUGUCUCUCCGGCUUGGAAACGCUAUUGCGCAUCGCGGCUGCAGAGAGCAGCACAGGCGGCCCGCUAGGCUGGACUUCGAAGCCUGAGGUCUUUGCUAUUUGCGCGCGGAUCCUGGUUGGUGGCACUGCGCUUGCGGCAGCUGGAGAUGAACAGAUUGGGGAUGCGGUAAGGCGUUUUAGGGACGAGGGUUGGCGGACGGAGGUAAGUGGGCUAUUGCUUGGUAUGUGUGCCGGGUUGGAUGAGUGA